CUCUCCCUUCUAUUUCUGGCUCUCUUUCAAGCCCUAAAAUCUGAAACGAUUUUUCCCCAUUAUUGUCCGAAUCAAAAAAACCGUCACAAAAAGCUCACAAUCCACACACACACACACACACACUCUUUCUCUCUCUCCCUCUCUCUUUCCAAGCAAACCAAACACAUUCUUCAUUUCCCUCGCCUAAAUUCUCUGUUUUUUUUACACCAUCAUCAGCACCGUCCAUUUCGCAAUGGCGCAAUUUGGACGGCUGUGAUCGUCCGAUCGCUCUGCGAGCUCAAUCGCCACCACCACCACCACCACCGCCAUAGGCGUCAUCUGUUGUAACCUCUGAUUCUAUGUUAGCGGCUCCGUUUGGAUGCGUGUAUUGUUGGGUGGAGGAUAAAUGCAUGUGGUUGGGGAUCUAGGGUUUCGGAGCCUCGUGCUGGUGGCUUGUUUUUUGGUGCCGGUGAUCGGCUUCUUCGUGGUCCGAAGGAAAUGGCGCCUCGCGAAGGCCAGAACGGAGGAGAUCAAGAGGCUUUUGAUCUUGGCCAAGGAGGAAGCUGCUAGAGCUGAGUUUGAGGUCGCGGCUGGGUAUGCCUCCGUUUCGGUAGCUGAGAAUAAAGGUUCAUAUUGCGCCGUUUGUUACUGCCCCACCACCACGCGCUGCGCCCGCUGCAAGGCGGUUCGGUACUGUUCUGGGAAGUGUCAAAUUAUUCACUGGCGACAAGGUCACAAGGAAGAAUGCCAUCCUCCUAGUCAUCGAAGCAUUGACGGGGAAGGUGAUGCUGGUCUGAACGUGGCCAAGAAAGACCUUGAAAUUAAUACUGACAAGAUUGAAAACAGGCAGUCAGUUGAAAGAUUCUCUGAGGAACCUGCAUUGCCUAAUCCCGGUUGCCCUCCCGAAGUUCAAUGUAUAACUGAUGAUGAUAGUGAAGAUGAAUAUCUUUCCGAGAGGAAAGGAACAAAUUCUACUUCAGAAUCAUCAGCUACCUCUUUUUCUGGAUUUUCUACUUCUGCCAGCUGUACUGGAUCUUCGGAUGAUGCUUCUGUCAGUGAGAGUGUUAGUUCAUGUGAAUCUGACAGACCAGAUGAGCAUCCAUCUGCUAAUGAUGCCCUUGACAUGCUACACACUUCCUUUAAAGUUGAUAACAUUGAUCAAUCUAAGCCAUUAUCUCCAAAAUUUGCUAGCUUGGUUGAUUCUGUUAAUGGUUUUGCUAAAUUAGGUAAGUUAAGUCAGGCUAAACCUAGUUGCAAUGAUGGAGAGAACGAGCGGAGAUCAAAUUGUUCUUCAGAUUUGAACAAUAUUUGUCCAGUUACCGAGUCUUGUACACCAUCUUCUGGUUUCUGGGGGAGAACUCUCGAUUCUGUAGGGUCCAGUAGUGAUGUCCAGGUGUCCAAUUCCAGUGUAGCCAGUAAUAGCAAGGUACCUGGUUUUGGGUCUUCCUUACAGUUUUCUUUCAACUUGUCUGGAAAUACUGCUCCUGCCCUGCAUACGCUAGGCUCUGGGUCAAGUGGCACUAUACUAGGCGAUGCUCGUACAGAUUGUUCAGAGCUCAACAAGUCAAUUUAUGGAGCUGAUUUAUCAGAGAAGAUCAGUGGAGAUGCUCCUAAGGUCCGGAACUCCCCAUCCUGGAACUGUAAAGGGUCAAAUAACGAGGUUAAUGGAUCUAGCAGUGAUUUACAUGCCUUAAAGUCCAGAGCAGUUAAUUCUAUGCCAUCCUCCUCGCCUUCUGUUCAUAAAUCUAUUCGCACUGAAAGAGUUUCAAAAGGUACAGAUGCUUUGAAUUCUAGUAGAGUGCUACCCACAAGCUUGGAACGGUCGAACCAUGCUGUUAAUAACUGUGGCAGAACUUCAAAUCUUUCAAAGUCUAGGGAAGUUGGAUGUCCACCCAGUGUUUCUGAUGCUCGUCUUGCAUCUGCUGUUGAAAGUUCUUCACUUCCAUGUGUAAAAGCUGGAAAAGUUGAUUUUGUUGAGGCUAGGGAUGCUGUUUCAUCUCAAGUUACAAAUUCUUCAAAUGAUAGGAAUGGCUUGAAAACGUCUGUUUUUAAAGUUUUUGAUCAGUUUAGAGGAUCUAAAAUAUCAAAGCACUAUCCUUUGGGAGUUGGGACUGAGAUUGCAGGAAAACAUAUUGAGAAGGAACUCUUUUCAUAUGAAUUAUUUGUCAAGAUUUACAAUUGGAACAAGGUGGAACUGCGCCCUUCUGGCCUUAUAAAUUGUGGUAACAGCUGUUAUGCCAAUGCGGUGCUCCAGUGCUUGGCAUUCACUCCACCUCUGACUGCUUAUUUGCUUCAAGGACUCCAUUCUAAAGUUUGUGUAAAGAAGGAAUGGUGUUUCCUGUGUGAGUUUGAAAGUCUAGUUUCAAAGGCAAAGGAAGGAAAAUCCCCUCUGUCUCCUAUGGCAAUACUUUCCCAGUUAAGAAAUAUUGGAAGUCAACUUGGUAAUGGGAGAGAAGAAGAUGCCCAUGAAUUUCUAAGGUAUGCUAUUGAUAUGAUGCAAUCUGUUUGCCUUAUGGAAGCCGGGGUUAAUGCAUCGCGCUCUUUGAAAGAAGAAACAACUUUAAUAGGCCUUACAUUUGGAGGCUACCUUCGAUCAAAGAUAGAAUGCUCAAAGUGCCAAGGAAAGUCUGAGCGGCAGGAAAGAAUGAUGGAUCUUACUGUUGAGAUUGAGGGUGAUAUAGGAACCUUGGAAGAGGCUCUUCGACGGUUCACCAGUACUGAGACCUUGGAUGGGGAGAACAAAUACCAAUGUAGCAGAUGCAAAUCGUAUGAGAAGGCCAAAAAGAAGUUGACAAUACUGGAAGCUCCCAAUAUCCUUACCAUUGCACUGAAGCGUUUUCAGUCUGGAAAAUUUGGGAAGAUCAAUAAGCCUAUUCGGUUUCCUGAGAUCCUGGACUUGGCACCUUAUAUGAGUGGUACAAGUGAUAAAUCUCCAAUAUAUAGACUUUAUGGGGUGGUUGUUCACUUGGAUAUCAUGAAUGCCGCAUUUUCUGGUCACUAUGUGUGCUACGUUAAGAACUCCCACAACAAGUGGUUUAAGAUCGAUGACAGCAUGGUAACAGCUAUUGAACUUGAAAACGUCUUGACGAAAGGGGCAUACAUGCUUCUUUAUUCGAGGUGCUUGCCGAGGGCCCCGAGAUUGAUAAGAAACAGAAUAAUAUCUCCUGAUCCCAAACAUAGAGCCAUUCCUUCCUGGAUUAGUGGAAAGACUACCAAUUUGAAACCGAAAUCUGUCUCGCCACAUUCUAGCGUUGACCCAUUCUUACCCAGUUCAAAUCCUCCAGAGGAUACAACGAGUUCUCAGCUGAAAAGGAUUUUAGAAGAGGAUUCAUCAAGUGACAAUUCUUCCCUUAUCAGCAACAACUCUGACGAAGGUUCUUGUAGUACUGAUAGCACUCGUGAUUCUUCGAGCGCCGAUGACUUGUCCGAUUAUAUAUUUGGUGAUUCAGGACGUGGUUGGAAUAGCCCUUGGAGGAAUUUUUCGGAUUCUGACACUUCUUCCUCAUCCUCUUCCUCACCCUCAAGUAUGAAGCAUUCACCACUCUCUGAUUUAAACCGGUACGCUUCAGAUGGUGCAAUGACUGUUCCUUUUUUGCAUUCUGACACCAGUAAACAGUGUAGAAAGUUAGCAAGUAGUAGUAGUAGAAAUAGGGAAACUGACUCGGAGAGAUUAGGACCCGACUCUUUAAGGGAUGUAAAAUUUAAAAAACCAAGUAGGGAAAGGACGGUAAACAUUUGAUUAUUAUAUGAUAUAAAUUAUGUUCAAAAUCGAAAGAUCGAAAGCUGCAAAUAAAGAGAUUGAGAGGAGCUGUAUGUAAUGUAACCCAUUAGCAGGUUUUAUUAAAAGAAAUCGGCCAUGGCCUUUUUGCCA